AUAGCUGCUGUGUGGAGCGCAUCGAUCCCUUCUCAGCGUGCAGUUGCAGCGUCAUUGUGAGAAGGAGCUGUUUGAAUGAAGUUCGGUGUAGCUAAAGGAUCCAACUCAGCAGACAUUUGGUGGACUGAAAUUGAUUCUCUUACAACAAAAGAUGCCGGUGUUUACAGUGAAUGUGAAAUGGGGAAAGGAGAAGUUUGACGCAAUAGAACUGAACACUGAGGAACCACCCAUGGUGUUCAAGGCUCAGCUCUUUGCUCUGACAGGAGUACAACCAGAGAGACAGAAGGUGAUGGUAAAGGGAGGCACUCUGAAGGAUGACGAGUGGGGAAACAUUAAACUGAAGAAUGGGAUGACUCUGUUGAUGAUGGGUUCUGCGGAGGCCCUGCCCGAGGAGCCGGUGGUCAGGCCCAUGUUUGUAGAGGACAUGACCGAGGAGCAGCUGGCCUCAGCAAUGGAGCUACCGUGUGGACUGACAAACCUGGGCAACACGUGCUACAUGAACGCCACGGUGCAGUGUCUGCGCUCUGUGCCCGAGCUGAAGGUUGCACUUAAAAGGUAUGAAGGUGCUCUGCGAUCUUCAGGGGCCAAUGCUCCGUCCCAGUACAUCACAGCAGCUCUCCGGGACCUCUAUGAAACCAUGGACAAGACUUCAUCCAGCCUACCCCCGAUCAUUCUGCUGCAGUUCCUGCACAUGGCCUUCCCACAGUUUGCUGAAAAGGGGGACCAGGGCCAGUACCUCCAGCAGGAUGCUAACGAGUGCUGGUUGCAGAUGAUGAGAGUCCUCCAGCAGAAGCUGGAGCAUCAGGAGCCAGAGACUCCCAUGGAGACUGACGCCGAGACUGGAGCUGCCGCCGCUGCCGCUAAGAAGAACUUCAUUGACCAGUAUUUUGGAGUGGAGUACGAGACCACUAUGAAAUGCACAGAGUCCGAGGAGGAGGAGCCCACCAAGGGCAAGGAGAGCCAGCUGCAGCUCAGCUGCUUCAUCAACCAGGAGGUCAAAUACCUCAACACCGGCCUGAGGCUGAGACUGCAGGAAGAAAUCACCAAGCUCUCCCCGUCUUUGAACAGAAACGCCCUGUAUAUCAAAUCGUCUAAACUUGGCCGCCUCCCUGCCUACUUGACUAUUCAGAUGGUCCGCUUUUUCUACAAAGAGAAGGAGUCAGUCAAUGCCAAAGUGCUUAAGGAUGUCAAGUUCCCACUUAUGCUGGACGUGUACGAGCUGUGCACCGCAGAGCUUCAGGAGAAGAUGGUGACCAUAAGGUCAAAGUUCAAGGAGGUCGAAGACAAGAAGCUGGAGAAACAGCCCCUGAAGGUUGUGAAGUCUGCCAGCGGCACACCAAAGGAAGUGAAAUACGAGCCCUUCUCGUUUUCUGACGACCUGGGUUCCAACAACAGUGGCUACUAUGACCUGCAGGCCGUGCUCACGCACCAGGGACGCUCCAGUUCCUCGGGCCAUUACGUUGGCUGGGUCAAGAGGAAAGAAGAUGAAUGGGUGAAGUUUGACGAUGACAAGGUGAGUGUGGUCUCUCCAGAAGACAUACUGAGACUGUCUGGAGGGGGAGACUGGCACAUAGCUUACGUUCUGCUGUACGGACCGCGACGAUUGGAAAUACUUGAGGAUCAGUAACUGCAAAGGAAGAAGACAAAAACAACCAACACAAAUGCCAUUUCCAAGCACUGUCUGCAUAGAUGUGCAAUAAAUCUGGGUGUCUUUCAAAAUUGAUGACUUUAAUAUUUUGUUUUUGUAACUGACAAGGAUGCUUGUAAGACCUCAUCCUGCAUACAUUUCAGAGAGGUAUUCUUCAGGAUUUGAGUCACUCUCAUUUAAAUGCAUUUUAAGAUGGAAAAUUCACACCAUUCUGAUGUAACUUAAAAUGUCAUCCCCCUUCUCAAAGAAGGAUGUAAAUGAGAUUGACCCACAACCUGACAUUCUAACGCUGAAAGGUUUGAAAUGAAUGAUUGAAAGAGGCAAUCUCUGGACUGGAUCCUUGAGAGGUUUUGAAGUCUAGUUCUGCAGUUUCAUUAAAUGUUUUAUACACAUUGUAUAUUUUUUAAAGCCUUUGAUAAGGUGCUCAUGUCAUAGAAGCAAAGUAUUCCUCUGUAGUCAUAACUAAUAGUCUUGUACAGAAAGUUUGGGCCUAGUACCAGGUGUCCCAGGUAUCAUUUGUUGGUACUUAUCAAAUGUAUUGUUAUCUUCCAAAUUAAAAGCUCAAAACCCCUCACUUGUAAGGUCUCUAGGAUAGAUGGUUUGUCAAACAAACCGACCCUGCACAUUGCUCUUACUGAUGUCUCUGGAGUGGUUCAAAUAUCCCUGCUCUCUGGCAAAUAUGCUUUACUUUCUAUCUCAUGCAGUCAUCUUAACCACCCUGCCACGAUGUUGAAGACCUUCAAUGAUCAACACUGUCUCUGUACUAAGUUAUUGACUGAUGGCUUUUCAUGGAUGGUGAAAAUAAACUGUUAUACCAAUCAAAA